CAGGGCACCGAUUAGACAGUGUUGGGCAGGCAUUGGGGUUAGUGAUGGAAUUGUCUUGGCUAAGAAUUUCAGGCGUGUUAUGUGUAUUUGGAUUUUUACGCGAGCUGCGUCCUUCGGAACCUUACCAUGCCGAGAUCUUGCUGGGUGAGUGGUAUAAUGUGACGCAGGAUCAGGUGAAUCGCGCCGUCUAUCCCAUUGGCACCUACUCUUAUCUCGGCCUGCUGAUUGUCGUAUUUCUUGUCACCGAUUUUCUAAGAUAUAAACCGAUGAUUGUUGCCAACGCUUUAACUGGCAUUGUUAUUUGGAGUGUACUGAUAUGGACGACAACUUUAUUGGGUUUGCAAAUUGUUGAGGUAUUUUACGGCUUUUAUCAGGCCACCGAGGUGGCUUACUAUUCCUACAUUUAUGCCAAGGUCGACAAAAAGUAUUAUCCGCGUGUCACCUCCCACACCCGAGCGGCCAUGCUUGUGGGCAGGCUAGUUGCCGGAUUAUCGGCACAACUUUUAAUAGGUCUGGAUUGGAUGAACUAUCAGCAGCUUUUGUACAUUUCCGCUGGAUCUCAAGUCUUGGCACUUCUUUGGUCUUUCGGACUGCCCAAAGUGGAGAAGAGCUUGUAUUUCCAUCGGAAAACCAAUAGCAAUGACAAUGUAAAAACACCGACUGACAAUGUUGAGCGCAUAACUGAUACACCACAGCCGCCUAUCGCCAAGGAGGAUCGUAUACAACCACUUAACCUGCUGUGGUCGCAUUUCUACAGCGCAUAUACGAAUCCAUUGGUACAACAAUGGAGCUUGUGGUAUGCAAUCAGUCUUGCAGGCCAGCUGCAAGUUACGACCUAUAUGCAAGUGGUCUGGAAAUCGUUUGACAACGAGCCAACAAUUGUGUGGAAUGGCGGCGUGGAUGCCGCUUUGACUGCAUUGGCUGCUCUCUUCUCUUUACUUGCGGGUUAUUUUCAUGCAGGUCGUUUGAAAACGCGAGCCAGUUUUUUAUCGCUGGCAGUACUGUCGGUUCUUGAAGGUGGCUGCGUAUUAUUGGCAUCGUGGACAACAAAUAUAUAUUUUUCAUAUCUGGGCUAUGUGUUAUUUGGAGCACUCUUAGGGUUUACCAUCACGGUGGCCAGCGCCGAAUUGGCCGGAAGUCUGCUAGAGGAUAGCUUUGCCCUGAUCUUUGGCAUUAACACACUUAUUGCACUCGUUUUACAAUCAUUGCUCACUCUGGUGGUCGUCUCUGAUAGUGGUGGCCUUAAUUUGACCACAUCUGAACAGUUUACCGUCUAUGCAUUUUAUUAUUUAGUAAUUGGCAUUGUGUAUUUCGUUGCCAUUAUCGUUAAAUAUUUAUAUAAACUCUCAAAGUGCUCGAAAUCUAAUGACACAUGUGAAAUCGAAUAAGUCAAAUAUUGAUGUAUUGAUAUUACAUAAAAAUAAUUAACAUUUUUCGGUGUUCAAAAUUAGAUUUCUUAUAUAUAAAUAGCUUAAGUAACUAAUAAUGCCUUAUCGAAAAAAAUUUAUCAGCAUAAUAGAAAAUUUCUCGAAUAAAUAUCUACUUUGGUUUUAAUAAAUAAAAUGUUUAAACUAA